AUGAAGAAGAUUUAAGAGAGUAUUUAAAAAAAAGAAAGUAUUAAUCAAUAUUAUGUGUUAGAUUAAAUUGAUGCAAUGAUUAUAUUUAAAGAUUUUCUUUAUGGUAUAAAAACCAUAUUAAAAAUAAGAAUAAUUACAUCGAAAUAUAAANUGUUUUUAUGAAUUUGGUAUUUGUAGAAAGAAAAUUUGCACAGACUAUAAAGUUGAUGAAUGUCUUUAAGUAGAAGGAUGCUUUUUAGAUUAAAAUAAAAUGUGUUAAUAAUUACCAUCAUGUUCAUAUAUUUCUUAAGAUAUUUUUGGAGAUUAAACUUUAACUGUUUGUAAUCAACUUACUUAUAAUGGAUUUAAGUGUAAUUGGUAAAAAUUUGCUUUAUUAGAUGAUACAGAAAUCUGUACCAAUUAACCAUGCGAGUAAUAUUUAAUUAUUAUUUAAUAGAUUAUAUGGACCUUCUACAACUCUAUGUUAAGGAAAUGAAAUGAAUGGUUAUUCUUGUGUAUUAUUUAGUGAAUUGAUUUGUAAACAAUGUGAACAAAUAACAGAAAAAUGUUUCUGUGAUAAAUAGACUAAUGUUUGCUCUUAUUUCAAUGGAAAAUGUCAUUCUAUUUAAUGUUCUUCUUUUCUUAAUAAAGAAUAGUGUUUACAAGCAUCGGAUCGUUGUUAUUGGAGUUCUUAAAUUACAGAAAAUAAUAUUAAAACUGAAGGAUGUGUUAAGGAAUGUGUUAAAAUUAUUGAAUCAGAAGAAUGCAACAAUAGAAUUGAUGAAUGCUAUUAUGAAUCUUUAGUUGGAUAAUGCAAAAAAGGUAAAAAAUAAAUUCCAGAUCUAAGUGUUGACUUAACAAUUGAAUAAUUCUAUAGUCCAAUUCUAUUGUCAUUAUACAUUAUGAUUAUUAUAACAUAAUGA